CUCCCCAUCCGAGGGGCACGCGAGGCCUGCCGGGAGGUGUAGUCCCUGCGCGGGUUCCCCCUAACGGUUCGACCAGCUGCUGGCGACGGCUGGUAUCGACAGCGGCGGCGGCGGCGGCGCGUUCCCCGUUUCCCUCAGCCGGGUUUUUCGGCGCCUUUCCUUCUCUCCCUCUCUCUCACACACACACAUACACACAAACCGCGAACGAGCUCCGUCCGGCCUCUUCCCUCCGCCGCCAAGAGCGACCCCCCCCCGCACCCCCCAGACGGGACUGGCUGAGGGGAAGCCCGAGAGAGACACGGGUUCGCCGCCGCAGCCGCCGUCACAGAACCCACACGACGCCCGGAGACCCGCAGGCCACCUUUCUCCUGAUAAGGGGAUUCAAGGCGGAUCACAUUAUUGAAAAGAGUAGAACUAAAAGCACAAAUAGUGGAAUGCUGUGAGGAUCCCACCUACCCCACAGUGAGAGACAGAAUAAGUUUGGAAUUAUUUUCUGCAGUAGGAUACACUUUACCUAUAAAAGAGUUUUCACGUCUUCCACAAUGAAUCCUGUUUACAGCCCUGUUCAACCUGGGGCUCCCUAUGGAAACCCUAAAAAUAUGGCCUAUACAGGCUAUCCCACUGGAUACCCCACUGCUGCCCCUGCCUACAAUCCAAAUAUGUAUCCAACCACCAGCCCAGGCUAUGCUCCAGCGACACUUCUGAUGAAGCAGGCCUGGCCUCAGACAUCAUCCUCUUGUGCCACUGAGGCUAUCUUUCACCUCCCAGUGGACACUGGGACCGAGAACAGAACUUACCAGGUCUCAUCAGCAGCAUUCAGAUACACCGCUGGAACUCCCUACAAGGUCCCGCCUACCCAGAGUAACAGUGCGCCUCCCCCGUAUUCACCCUCUCCAAAUCCAUACCAAACGGCGAUGUACCCCAUCCGAAGUGCCUACCCGCAGCAGAACCUGUAUGCCCAGGGAGCAUAUUACACGCAGCCGGUAUAUGCAGCACAACCCCAUGUUAUCCAUCACACCACCGUGGUCCAGCCAAACAGUAUCCCGUCUGCUCUUUACCCAGCUCCCGUGGCCGCCCCGAGGACCAACGGCGUGGCCAUGGGAAUGGUCGCUGGGACCACCAUGGCAAUGUCAGCAGGCACCCUGCUGACCACUCCUCAACACACUGCCAUUGGGGCACACCCUGUCUCGGUGCCAACGUACAGGGCUCAAGGGACCCCUGCCUACAGCUAUGUACCUCCACACUGGUAACCACACUGGCCAAACCACAUCUGGAGUCAGAACAUUGUAUGCAACAAUUCACGUCUUACAUGGAUGCCGGAGCAGCUGCCCCAAGGCGCCCUGUCUGAGAGCAAGAACAAAACAAAACCAAGCAGAAGUGCAAGGGUCACUUUAUGCAUUCUUUAGGGUUUAAUUUAAAAACAACAAAAAACUGGUUUUAGUUUAUUUGUAAAAGCUUCCUUCCCUGCCAUCACCUGCGGUUUCCUGCCCUCCUUUCAUUUUUCUCUCCUUGCUCCUCCACCCAAAUAGUUUCGUGCCAUCCACUGACGCCGAGCAAUAUUCCCCCCGCCCGCCCCCCGUUCCUACUUCCCUUCCUUCCCCGCCAACGUCUGCAUACUAUUCACUCGGAAAGCUCCCCCAGUUCAUGGCUUCAGGUGUCUCUUGGUGUUGUGCAUUUCAGAGUCCGUUCCGGUUUCACUGGCGAGAAUUAUUGAUGUUCAGGGUUGCAGAGCGGAAAAGCACCGUUCUGACAGGUGUGAUUCUUCCCAUUUCAGUUUUAUUAACGCCAUUCUAACUGUCUCUUUCUCUUCUAUGUG